AUGACGCCCACCACCAAUCUCCAAGUCUUCGCCGUCUCCCUCCUCUCUCUCCUUGCUGCCCCACUUAACACAGCUGAGGACAGCUCCCCCUCUCCCCCUCCCUCUCCCCUACGUACCGACCCCCGGCCUCGCCAGGGGGGCUCCACCGACCCCCCUCAGUCCACCCCCAGCCCCCCUCUCCUCCUCCUGGCCAUCCAUGCCAACCUCCGCCCCGCUGCCCUCCAGGGCAGGCCCAAAGCUCCAGAGAAACUUCCAGAAUCCCCUGGGGUUCUGGAGACCCCUCCCCGACCCCUGGCCCAGAUCAUGUUCCCCAAGAACGUGACGUCUGCGGCGGCGGGAGCCCUGGCUCCUCCGUUGGGCGCGGCCCAGGUGGCUCCUCCUCCCCGCAGACUGGUGGAUGUGGACGUGUGCCAUGGUUACUAUGAUGUUAUGGGCCAGUUGGACAACACCUUCAACUGCUCCAAGGACAGCUUCAUCUACUGCUGUGGCAGCUGCCACUACCGCUUCUGCUGCCCCGACCCCACCCGCCGUCUGGAGCAGAGCAGCUGUACUAACUACGACUCCCCGGAUUGGGCCAAGACCCAGCCGCCAAACGCCAUACCCCUGGACGAUGAUGUGCCGGAACUGGACCCUCUGCAGCCAUUGAGCCACAACACAGGCUUUGUGAUUGGAGGCGUUAUUGUGUUUAUGGUAGCGGUUGCCGUGGGGAUUAAGAUAAUGUUCAACAAGGUGUCGCAGCAGGCCAACAACGGAGAGAUCAACAUGCCCAGGUGAGAGGAGGGGUCAAUCAGUCACAGACCAGACAGACAGGCAGAGCAUAAGACAGACAGACAGUCAGAUGGACAGUCAGACAGACAGACAAACACAGAUUCUUUAGUAAUUUCAUAAUGUUGUUAUAACAUGUUUAUAUAGCAUUCAUAAGAUCAGACAAGAUAUAAUAUUGUUGAUGCCAGGGGGGGAACUGUUAUUACUCCAGGCAAUAAAACACAUUUUACACCAGCUAAUUACUUAUACAUUUACAUUUUUUACAUUCUCUUUUUGGUUUCUCCUUCUCUCAGAGCGCUGGUGGACAUGUUGCGUCACCAGUCCAGUCCAGUGCAGCAGGAUGAGAGGAACAACAGCGUGGCUCUGUGUGGUUCAGGGGAGGGACAGGGUACGCUGGGCAGACCUCCCAAAAACCUCUACACCCCUGGCCUGCCCAGCAAGGACAACAGACGUGAGUGGCCAGGGGAGCAUUCAGUUGGAACAAACAGGAAACAUGUUUUUGAAAUGAAAAAGGGAAAUGAGGACAAGCUCACAUAGUACACUUCUGUUUCAAAGUCGUUUCUCCUGUUUUGUGCUGUUGUUGGGCUUUAGGCUUAUUUCAAACUGUCUUGUAAGAAAGGGGAAGGUAUAAAAGGGAUUAGAUUAGAUGAGGUUAUUAGUCACAUGCACAGGGUUGCAGAUGUAAUCGCAGGGUACAGUGAAAUACUUAUGCUCCGAGCUCCAACAGUGCAGGUCAAAAAAAGAGAAGCGAGUGAUGGAAGCGGGGAGAACAGGCCAUGAUGGCUCGGGUGGCUGAGGUCCUUGAUGAUCUUCUUGGCCUUCCUGCGACACCUGGUGUUGUAGGUGUCUUGGAGGGAAGGCAGUGAGCACCUAAUGGUGCGUUUGGCUGAGCGUACCACCGUCUGUAGUGCCUUGCGGUCAGUGGCGAUGGAGUUGCCGUACCAGGAUGUGAUGCAGCCUGACAGUAGUCUCUCGAUGGUGCUCCUGUGAAACACUGUGAGGGCCCUCGGAGACAGGCCAAAUUUAUUCAGCCUCCUGAGGUUGAAGAGUCGCUGCCGUGCCUUCUUCACCAUGGUGUCUGUGUGGUUUGACCAUUUCAGCUCAUCGGAGAUGUGUACGCCAUGGAACUCAAAGUUUUCAUAGAGGGACAGUUAUGUAUAUUUGAAACACAGUGCAAUACCUUGGUUGAUUCCCACAGGCUCAAUAAAUGAUAAGUGAGUGAGCAUGUAAAGGUGAAUUGGCCCAGGUAAUGUAAAAGAGGAUGGAUGCCUUGAUCUUAAUGUGGUUAAUACACCAUGAAGCUGGAAAUCGCCUGAUCAAAUCAAAUCAAAUCAAAUCAAAUCAAAUUUUAUUGGUCACAUGCGCCGAAUACAACAGGUGCAGACAUUACAGUGAAAUGCUUACUUACAGCCCUUAACCAACAGUGCAUUUAUUUUAAACAAAAAAGUAAGAAUAAAACAACAACAAAAAAGUGUUGAGAAAAAAAGAGCAGAAGUAAAAAAUAAAGUGACAGUAGGGAGGCUAUAUAUACAAUAGAAUAAAGUGACAGUAGGGAGGCUAUAUAUACAGGGGGUACCGUUGCAUAGUCAAUGUGCGGGGGCACCGGCUAGUUGAGGUAGUUGAGGUAAUAUGUACAUGUGGGUAGAGUUAAAGUGACUAUGCAUAAAUACUUAACAGAGUAGCAGCAGCGUAAAAAGGAUGGGGUGGGGGGGCAGUGCAAAUAGUCCGGGUAGCCAUGAUUAGCUGUUCAGGAGUCUUAUGGCUUGGGGGUAGAAGCUGUUGAGAAGUCUUUUGGACCUAGACUUGGCACUCCGGUACCGCUUGCCGUGCGGUAGCAGAGAGAACAGUCUAUGACUAGGGUGACUGGAGUCUUUGACAAUUUUGAGGGCCUUCCUCUGACACCGCCUGGUAUAGAGGUCCUGGAUGGCAGGGAGCUUUGCCCCAGUGAUGUACUGGGCCGUACGCACUACCCUCUGUAGUGCCUUGCGGUCAGAGGCCAAGCAGUUGCCAUACCAGGCGGUGAUGCAACCACCACGGUGAUGAUAACAUCCACAAUUUAACACAUCAUACAGUAUAACCCUCUGAUGUCUCACUCACAUACACACACACAUUAUGUACACACUGUUGCUCCACAGCUGAUGACUGUUUAUUUGUUUGUUUUGCAGUGGGGAAUAUUCAACACAAUUUUAUCCACUCAGGAACCAGUCCCAAUCACACUGCUACCAUCGGUAAGACAACUGGUGGUGUAAAUGGUUGGUUCCAGUGACAUACUGUAAUGUAUGCAUCUGGUGCCCUUCCGUGUUUUACAGUUAUUAAACUCACAAUAAUGUAUUGGAUGUCAAUGAUACCAAGCUGGUUAGAUAAAGGUUAUCCAAAAAACAACAACAUCGCAUUAAGAAACAAACACACGCUAACAUAGCUGUCUUUUGACCCCUCAGAACGCGCCCCCCGUAUGAACAACGCCCAGCUGGCGGCUGGAGGCACUCUUCUGUCCAGCAAACACAACAACACUAAAGGGCAGCCCUCCUUCCACCACUCCCUCCAUAACCUGGCACAGCUCCCCCCAUCCUACGAGAAUGCCACCAAGCCAGAGCUCAACAGAUACUCCUCGCUCAAACGCCUGGGUGAGUAGUGUACCAUGCUGCAACGUAGAGAUAGACCCCGUCACACAGAAAACAGCUCUACAACUUAUGUGUUUCACUAUUCCUCUUUUGAUUGCAGAAAAGAGUGGUCUUGAUGAAUAUUCAUCGGGAUACUGCACCACCAAGAGGCGUCCCCACACGGCCCAGCCCGCUCUCCAGUCCUCCAGUCACCACAUCCCCUGUGGCGGAGACUACAACACCAUGGGUGGGAGGGGCACCCUCCCCCGCCACGCCCCCCGACCCUGGAUCCAACCCACCGGCCUACCCCCCGUCUCCCCCACGGUCAACCCCUACCCCCUGGACCCAACUGAGCAGCACUACAACCCCAACUACGACACCCUGUCCAAGCCUGCCAGGAAGGUCAUGUCGCAGGACCAGCUGCUCAACAUGGGGGACGUCCCUGGGAACACUGGGACCCUCUCCAGGAUGUCCAAGAACCAGCAGCACCAGUACUACAAAGCCAUGGCUGCUGCUACUAAGAACUCCAACACCCAGACCCUGACACGGAAGCCCAAGGAUCGACCCCAGGAGCGGCCUCAGUCCAACAACCAGACCCUGACGAGGAAGCCCAAGGAUUGGCCCCAGGAGCGGCCUCAGGAGCGUCCUCAGGAUCGUCUACUCAUGUCCCCAGAUCACCUGGAGGAGAGCAUGGGUAGAGGGGUCGGUGGGAUGGGGGUCGGAGGGAUGGGAGUGGGUGUGCCGGAUCCAUAUGCCCAUGGAGGCGGGGGAGGCAUGGUCCCCACUCUCCCCCGGGGUGGUCUCACUCCUCAGCAGAAAGCCCAGUCCCAGCAGAAUGUAUGUGCCACACCCUCCCUGGACCGCCACCACAUGAUCAAGAUGAACUCUCACCCCACCUCCGGCCGGGAGCAGGAGAGAAGCCAGGGCAUGACAGGGCAUAUGAGCGGAGGCAUGGGGGGAGGCAUGGGGGGCUGGGGUGGUAGCGAAAUGCCCGGGGCGGGGGUUGUCAUGGGAACAGGGACGCUAGGGGGCCACAGCGCUAAGAGGAUGGCUUUCGCUGCCAAGAGGCAGAACACUAUAGAG